UAAAAGUAAUCAUGUCCGCACCAGCAGCAGCACCUGCCAAGAAGGCAACCAAGGCUAAGAAGCCUAAGAAGCCAGCGGCCCACCCGCCGGUCGCCAAGAUGGUCAUCGCCGCCAUCGCCGCCUUGAAGGACCGCAAGGGAUCCUCCCUGCAGGCCAUCAAGAAGUACAUCGCCGCCAACUACAAGUUCGACGUCGUCAAGCAGGGCCAUGUCAUCAGGCGUGUCAUCAAGAACAUGCUGGCCAAGGGUCUGCUCACCCAGGCUAAGGGCAAGGGCGCCGCCGGCUCCUUCAGGCUCGGCGCUGCCGCCAAGAAGGCCCCCAAGAAGCCCAAGGCAAAGAAGCCCAAGGCAAAGAAGGCCAAGAAGCCCAAGAAGGCCAAGAAGCCAAAGGCAAAGAAGGCCAAGAAGCCAAAGGCAAAGAAGCCAAAGGCAAAGAAGGCCAAGAAGCCAGCAGCCAAGAAGGCAGCCAAGAAGCCAGCAGCCAAGAAGGCCAAGAAGCCAAAGAAGAAGGCAGCUCCCAAGAAGAAGAGGGAGUCCUUCGGUAUCUACAUCUACAAGGUGCUCAAGCAGGUGCACCCCGACACCGGUGUCUCCAGCAAGGCCAUGGGCAUCAUGAACUCCUUCGUCAACGACAUCUUCGAGCGUAUCGCUGGCGAGGCUUCCCGCCUGGCUCACUACAACAAGCGCUCCACCAUCAGCAGCCGGGAGAUCCAGACCGCCGUGCGUCUGCUGCUGCCUGGCGAGCUGGCCAAGCACGCCGUCAGCGAGGGCACCAAGGCCGUCACCAAGUACACCAGCUCCAAGUAAAUCAACAACUGCAAGACCUACCACACCGGC